AUUAUUAUUUGGUGGGAUGAUUAGCUGAAGGAUUUCCACUCACUCACUGCUGACAGAUCAUCAAUCAUGUGAAGUAUAAUAUCAGUGGUGUAGUUCUUACUUUGCUGAUCACUGUGUGUAGGCCUUUGCAGCAGCUGCUUUGCUUUUCUGGUUGUUGCCAACCAUAUCAUUCCCUUUCUUUUCUAAACUCUUCUACUUUCCUCUUUUCUCUGCAUAUCUUUAGUCGCGACAGCUUCUUUUCUUUUCAUUUCUGCAACCAUUCAUGGCUACUCAGACUGUUCCAUCUGCGUCCUCUGAGGAAGUUGAGAAAGAAGUGCAAUCAGAGGUGGUUAAGAAAACAGAAGCUGAAAAUGUUUCUCCACCUCAGGAAUCAACAUGUUCAGCAUCCCCAUUGGCUGAAUCAGAAGCAAAGAUUGAGGAAAAGCAAAUCGAGCCUUCCGUAGUCGAACAUGUGAAGGAUGUUGAUGGCGAUGAAACGCUGAAAGCUGAGGACUCAGCUGAAGUGGUAGCUCCAUUGGCUGAACCAACAGAGCAUGAGAUUGAAGAUAAGCCAAUUGAACCUGCUCCAGUGGAAGAGCCAAAGACAAUAGAAGUGGCUGCUCCAUUGGCUGAAUCAAUAGAAGAAAAGAUUGAAGAGAAGCCAGUUGAGCCUUUUCCAGCCGAAGAGGUGAAGAAAGCUGAGGAUGCUCCAAUUGUGGAGGCUUCUGAUAAGGACGUUAAAGAAGUCGAAAAGGAAAGUGUUCCUGAGCCGGAUACAGCAGCCGUUUCGGAACCAAAUGUUGAGAAAGCUGAGUGUAAAAUAGAGGAUGAGUCAGAAAUUGAGCCCGCACAGGAGACGAAAGUUGAUGUGAUUGAAGAAAAGCCAGAGGAACCAGCAAAAGUAGUUGAUGUGCCUGAAUCAGCACCAGCUACGGUUGUUGAGGAGGAAGUGGAAAAACGCGAAGAUUUACCUGCGAAAGGUGUGGAAGCAAUUGAGGCCAGAGAUGUGUCUGUUCCAGAGGCUGACUGUAAACCAGAGGAACAUGCUCCUGCUGCGGAGGAGAAACCAUCCGAGCAAUCGGAAGUUACCGAACAAGUUGAGAAAGUACCUCCAGAAGCUGAACCAGUAGAAAAGAUUGAAGUUAAAAGUCCAACAGGCGAAGUCGAGCAGACCAAGUUGGCAAAUGAAGAGAAAACCAGUGCAACUGAAAGUUCGGAAGAAGUCAAACCGGAAACUCCUGUAAUCCAAGUUGAAGAGAAAGAUCUGGGAUGCAAUCCGACUGAUGAAGUUCCGGAAAAAAUGGGUGAAGACAAUGAACUAAAGGACCCUGCCAAGGAAACAAUUGAGGUGAAGGGAUCCUUUGAAGAGAAAGUCAUCGAGCCAAGGAAGAUUGAAGCAGAAACUGAGGCCCCAGAAGCAAACACUGAAGAAAAAAGUGUAGUAGCUGAAGAAUUGGUUCAGUGUGAAGAAAAGCCAACUGAGGAUACAGCCCGUUCUGUUCCUCCACCUGAAGCUGCAGAAAAAGCAGCAGAAGAGAAGGUUUCUGUGGUUUCUGCUGAUACCACCAAGGAAGCAGAAGUGAAGGGAAAGGCAGAUACAGAAGCAGCUAAAGAACAGGAGGAAACUGCUGAAGCUAAACUGGAGGAAGAGAAGCAAGUCAAUGAGAAAAUAGAGGAAACUGAAAGAGCUACUGAAGCCAAAUCAGAUGAAGAGAAACAGGUCGACGAGCCUGCCAAAACCGACGUCCAAAAUUCAGAAUGCACCAAGGAAAAUGAGGACACAAAACCAUCUCAAGAUGCUCCAAAGGAAGAAGUACCGGUGAAGACUCAGAAGCAAUCGAUAGUUAAGAUGGUGAAGCAAUCGCUAGUGAAGGCAAAGAAAGCAAUCAUCGGAAAAUCUCAAACCUCAAAAACACCAGCCGCUGAACCAAAGGAUGACAGUAACAAAUAGCAACCUCAAAGCUAUAGAGGAGAAAUGGAAGGAGCAUUCAAGAAUCACAAGAACUUGGUGAUAUGAUUUGUUUUCUUUGUGUGACACAUUGGUUUUUUUCGAAGUUGUCUUUGUGUUUGCCAUUGGGUUUCCUGCAUGCGUCGUCUCAGUCUUAGGUAUACUAGUGUUUUGCUUAUCCUGCAUACAAGGAAGGUUUCGUUUUCUGGCUUUUGUUCUUUAAAUGUGUUAUUCAUCCGGUGGUUUGUGUAUUUGUGCAAGAAGAUAUUCAAUUUAUUGGUUGAUGGGUGUAUAUACAUUUCCAUUGCAUAUGUAAAUAACUGUAUUUGUUUGUUGAA